AAACCUCAAGCUCGCCGGGACACCAUGGCCAAGGAGAAAGAAUGGUACUACGCAGUGGCGGUGGGCAGACGCCCGGGGAUCUACCGAACAUGGCCGGAAACCGAGCAGCAGAUCAAGGGGUUUUCUAAGGCCAAGCAUGAGAAGUUCCUCACUGAAGACGAAGCACGCCAGUUCGUGAAGACGUACCAGAGCGGUAAUGCCAUCGACACCGGUAACCUGAACGCUGACGUACCCCGAGGCGAAGAUGACGUGGAAGUCCUAAGCCAGCAACUGGGGUCAAUGGGAGUCAGGGAUACCAUCCAAGGAGGCGAUAUGUGGGCCGAAGAACUACGAGCCCGGCAUGACAAACAUCUCGUCUCGUUUUGUGCCGGUAGCGCACCUCUGAAUGGACGCGAGGGCUGCACAGCGGCAUACGCAGUCUCAUUUCCUCUGGAGAACAUUCGUACUCAUGCCAUGGCACUUAUCGACCACCCGACGAACAAUCGUGCUGACUGCCUAGCGGCAAAAGAUGCC